UAUUAGUAUAUGUAAGAAAAAUUAUUCGCUUUUUUUUAAAUUACAGUGUGUUUAUAUUUUCAAACCAAAAAUAUUGAUUAUAAUAAAGCCAUAAUAGUAAACGACUCACAAAUAGAGAAAGAGACAUGUGUCCCAAUCAAGGUGUGGAGCGCAAUCUUCUACCAGACCCUUCUAUAGCGAAUCGUGUCUUCCUAUACUCCAUGCUGUACUCUCUGCAGGCGGAGGACCGAAGAAGCGACGAGGUGGCCACGGAGCUGCGCGAUCGCUAUGAGGUAUUCCGUCAGGUGAUACACAACUAUCCCAUGCCCCUGUUCUCAAGAAUGCGCAAUGGCUAUGAGUAUGAGUAUGCAAUGUAUGAUGCAAUGCAGCUGCAACCGCUAACAACAACAAGUAGCAACACGUCCAUGGACAACAAUCCCAGCGAUUCCAGCACCAGUAUGUCUAGUCUCUUUUCCAAUAGCAGCUGCAGCUCAAAUCUCUCGGAACGCUGUGACUACUACGAGGAUACGGUGCGCAGUGCACUGGCGCAGCUGGGCGGAAGCCAUGCCUUGGCACAGGAUAUGCAGGAUGAACUUAUGCUGGAGGGCAGCGUGCAGCGCAAUUGAGCUAUUGUUUUCAGAUUAUAAAUGUAGAAACUUGUAGUGUAGUGACGUGUAAUUUAUUUUUAAGUAACUGUUGUUGUCGUCUUCGUCCUCGUCUCCACACAAUGUACCCCCCUGUCUCAAUGCUAGUUUGUUAAACUGCGCUAAAUGUCGUUAAACGCAAUGAAAGUAAAAUUUGUCAUUAAAUAUAAUAAAAAAUUAAAAAAAAAA